GGAGCGACGGGGCUGCAGAGCACAGGGAGGGAGCGCGCGGCGCAGCCUGCUGGGGACCGUAGGGUGCCCGGCCGCGGGGAGGAGGCGGGGCAGGUGGACAGCCGGGACCGCUAAGUCGCCGCGGUCUCGCGGACAGAACAAGCGCCUCGUCCGGCGCCCGAGGGGUGGGAGAGAGACGAGGGGGCCGGGGCAAGCAGCGCCUGUUCCCGGGAGCGAGGGAGGCAGAGAAGGAGCGAAGCGGGGGCGGGUGUGAGGGAGGGGGCAGGGGCGCGGGGAGCCGGCGGCUCGGGGGCGCUGGAGCAGCCGGGUGCAGCCCGACACUGGGAUCCCGCCGCCGUGUGCGGGGCCAGGGAGCGGGAGUCCCGCGCGGCUCCGUCCCUUGGUCCGUACCGUGCCCUGCGGCACAGGAGAGUGGGGGGCGCUGCCGCUCCCCUCCCCCGCUGCCGCUCUCGGUGAUUGAUCCGCCUCUCCGAGCCCGGAGGAAGAUGCUCGCCCGCUCGCUGCAGGAUGAGGCGUGACUGAAAGGACCCGUCCCCGCUGGAAGAGGGAGCGGCGCCCCGCGUCUCCACGGCCGGUAGGGGGGCCUCUGUCUGCGGGGGAUGUGCCACCGGUGCUCCCCCAUAGCUGCUGCUGCCGCCGCUCUCUGGGAGCCUCAUGCCAGCGCCGGUGAAACGGCUCGCUCCGCCUCCGCCUGCUGCUCGGGAAAAUGAAUCGAUACCCCCCAUCCUGCUGCUGCUGCUGCCGCCGGCGGGGGUGUUAGAGGGAGAGGCGGCGGGCAGCGCUGCGCAUAACGCCGGCCGCAUCCCGCGCUGCACCUGACAUACCCCGAGCUCGCGCUGCCCUGGGGCUUUGCUUACCCGGGGGAUAAACGCUGCUGCAGGGUCCCUCGCCCCCGUGAGAGGCGAGCGUCUCCCCUUCUCCCCGCGCAAGGAGAGGCUGGCUGGCUGUGGGGAGGGGAUUUGCUGUCUGCUGCUACCUCCGAGGCCAUCUCCUCUGGCAGCGGGUUGGAGAUACAGGCGAAGACCGUGCUGCGAGAGGAUAUGGGAGAAACCCCUCUCGGGCUUCUUCCUUAGGACGCCUCGGCUCCUUCUCCUUCCAAAGGGGAUUGUGAUUUCUUUGGCUACAGCCCCACAUGCCUAUGGACUCCCGUUGUGGGAGGCGCUGACCCGCUAGGGCAGCGCUUAAGCCCUGCUAAUAGAGGCGCGGGGCCACUUGGAUUUCUCUGAAACGCCUGGGAUAUUCAGCCGGGAAACGUGGUGACCUAGACUCGUGUCAGCAUCGCCAAGGGAACGUCGGACCAGAGGGGUAGAGAACCAACAGCGUGGUGGAGAGGCGAGGAAAAUCCUCUGGGAAUCGUCUAUAGAGCAACUUUGGUGCAAGUCUCCGUUGGGCAUCAUGGGGGAACAACCCAUCUUCAGCACCCGAGCUCAUGUCUUCCAGAUUGACCCAAACACUAAGAAGAACUGGGUUCCCACCAGCAAGCAUGCUGUUACUGUGUCCUACUUCUAUGACAGCACAAGAAAUGUCUAUAGGAUAAUCAGCUUGGAUGGCUCAAAGGCAAUAAUUAAUAGCACUAUCACCCCCAACAUGACAUUUACUAAAACAUCCCAGAAGUUUGGCCAGUGGGCAGACAGCAGGGCGAAUACUGUCUAUGGCUUGGGAUUUUCCUCUGAACAUCAUCUUUCAAAAUUUGCAGAAAAAUUUCAGGAAUUCAAAGAAGCUGCACGAUUAGCAAAGGAGAAAUCCCAAGAAAAGAUGGAGCUAACAAGUACACCUUCACAGGAAUCCGCAGGAGGGGACAUUCAAUCUCCUUUAACACCAGAAAGCAUUAAUGGAACAGAUGAUGAAAGAACAACUCCAGAAGUGACACAGAACUCGGAACCAAGGGCUGAACCAACCCAGAAUGCAUUGCCAUUUACACAUAGUUCGACAAUCAGCAAGCACUGGGAGGCAGAACUGGCAACACUUAAGGGUAACAAUGCCAAGCUCACGGCAGCUCUGCUGGAGUCCACUGCCAAUGUAAAACAAUGGAAGCAACAGCUUGCUGCAUAUCAGGAAGAAGCAGAACGUCUACAUAAGCGGGUGACUGAGCUGGAGUGUGUGAGCAGUCAAGCAAAUGCAGUCCAUACACAUAAAACAGAAUUAAACCAGACAAUACAGGAAUUAGAAUCCACACUGAAGAAGAAAGAAGAGGAAAUAGAAAGAUUGAAACAAGAAAUUGAUAAUGCCAGAGAGCUUCAGGCACAGAGGGAUGCUUUGACCCAGAAGCUCCAGGAAGUAGAAAUUCGAAACAAGGACCUGGAAGGACAGCUGUCUGAUCUAGAGCAACGUCUGGAGAAAAGUCAGAAUGAGCAAGAAGCUUUUCGCAAUAACUUGAAGACACUUUUAGAAAUUCUUGAUGGAAAAAUCUUUGAACUAACAGAAUUACGAGAUAACCUGGCCAAGCUAAUAGAAUGCAGCUAAAGAAAUGGGAUUUCAGUGCCAAUCAUCUUAAAGAUGCACUGUCUCUCUUCAUAGGACUAUGUUGGGCUCUGCAUCAAAGUUGCACAAAAUUAGAAAAAUGCUCCUCCAAGAGGGCCUAUUUUAAAUUUGAAUAGUAUAUUUCAGUGUAAAAUUUAGAAUUCAUCUUGUAGCUAGUUAAAAAAGAAAACACUUGAAUUACAAAUUACCUCCAUGCAUAUUAUUGGCCAUAAAUAACUUGAAGAAAGAUAUUAACAGUAAUUAAAUGCAAUGAUUUUCUAAUUAUUAGCCAGUGGAAGAAUUAGCAGUGUCCCAGGUCACAUCCCCUUUUUGUGUUAGACACAAUGUAGAUUAUCUGCUUUUUUAUUUAACUAAGAUAUCUAAUUGAUGUGUUUUGUGCAAAAACUUAGUGAUGACAGCCCUACCUUUUGUUGUAAUCUUAAUAAUUUCUCAGGAUAUUUUGCACUGUUGAGAAACAGCGCCAUUACCAAUUAAUUCUUGCCAGGCGUGAGAGAGAAUUGCAUCUUUAAUUGAAACAUAGUUAAUAGAACUGCUUGUAUAGAGUUCUUCCUUUUUUUUAUACUGGAAGAUACUGUAUUUCUUUAUGAAGUUCACUCUGGUGUUCUAUAAUAUUGUCCAGUGUAUGGUUUACUUUCCAUAUUAAUUCCAUGUAUUUACAAUGAGAUACUGUCUCCCAUUUUAUUACACAUUUUGAAGCCAACCAAUGAAGGCAGGUGAGUUCCUUAGAAACAAAUAUUUUUUAAUUUAAAAUUAGACAUACAAACAGAUAAAUAUAGGUAGCCAGUCAUUUAUUGUCUGGCCUUAUUAAACAUCAAAUAUAAUUAGAAUGUGCAGUUACUUGAAGAUGUUUUAUUAGCCUGUUUUGCAAGAAAUCUUUUCUGAAUGAUCAGUGUAUUUCAGUUUUGUGUAAUAAUGGCUAGUGGAGAACACUGUUUAUUGAUUGUUUUAAGGAUAUAGAGCUAUAACAAGGGGAUUACCUUUACGUUGAACUUGCCCAGCCAAGAGAAAUGUUUCUAGAAGCUGUGUAGUCAUAGCAAAUUGAAAUGGAGACAUGUUUUCUCUGUAUAGUUCUUCACACCACAUCUUUAUCAAAACCACACCAGGCAAUAUUCUGAACUGUUACAUAGUUGUUUAAAAAGAGGAACUGAAUUCACUUAUCCUCAGUGAAUGGGUUUUAAAGUUGUUUUGAUGAAAUUUUAACAGACUUUUGGCAAACAUGCAUUUCUCUAUAUAAUAUAUUUAUUUUAAGAAAAGUCAUUGAAAGGUAAGCCAAGUGUCAUAUGUUUGCUUAUUGAAUGGGAAGUGCAUCAAAGUAUGUUGUUGCCAUAAAUUGCCUGCAAUGUUGGAGAGGUUUUUUUUUUUAAAAAUGUAUGAAUGAGUAUCAGACUCAAGAGUCUCAAGAUGCACUGAGUUUUUGUUUGCACCCAAAAUUAAUUUGAAUGUUAAAUACAAAAUCUAAAUGAUUACUAAAUUUGUAUAACAGACAAUUUUCUCCACUUUUACAGAGUGAUAUUCAAAACUAGAAAACGUAGGUCUGGUUUGUGUGUGUAUAUCGUAUGUAUAAUACACACAUUCUAAUUUACAUUAGAAAGAGAGAAAAUACCUGGUUUGUUUAUAAAAUAUCAUUUUUUCUUUACAAGUGAUUUAUCAGGUUCCCCUGACAAGUCAGGAGAGCAGUUUAGAUCAAAUACUAAAGCAUCAUGUAUUAUACUGUAUGUACUGUACACACCAUUUACGUUUCCUCCAUAUUUUUAGGGUAUUUUCUCACCUAUUUUAUUUAUUAAGAGGGGGGAAAAGCUUAGUUCAGCGUGCGUAUGGUUGAAAGCUUUCUGUGGUGAGUUACAUAUUUUUUUAUUUGGUGGAUGUUAAAUGGUGAUGAUAUGGGUAACUUCAUCAGGUGAGCAGAAAUCACCAGGCUUUAAUUUACAUGAAGAUAUUUGGGGCUGAUUCUCUUGUGAUUUACACCAGUGAUUACACACAGAAGAAUCUUCAGUGAUGUCAGUGGAGUUACACUGGUUAAAACUGGUUUAUGUGCCAGGAGAAUCAAGCCCAUUAAAACUGGAUGGGCUUAAUUAGGAGGAAGUAAAAGGUAAAACAAUAGCAAGUUGAUAGGAUAUUAAAUGUUAUAUUAUUUUAAGUUAUAUUAUCAGAACUUUUAAAAAUGUCAUCAUUUACAUGUGGGAAAAUAGCUUACAAAAAUAUUUCCACUUAAAUUUUUUGUAUGUGUGUGUUACAUGAGUAUUUUUAUGUGUACAUACAUACACAUAUGUAUAUAUAGUACAUGGAAAAAAUUUAGAUGUGCACAUUUUUAAUAUUUUCCUAGUGAAAUGAAAUUUAAAAUUGGAAAAUAAUAUUUGAAAAUUUCUUUUCUCAUAAAGUAGAGAUGCUUGAUUUCAUUUUUUAAAAUAAUGCAAUCUACUGAGGGCUGCACCUUUGAAUUCCCAAGUAGUCGUCAAACAUGGAUAUGGGAUAAGGUGGACAUAAGUGCACAUAUAAAUAAAAUCUUAUUGUUAAGAGUAUUUUAAAUGUUCAUUUUCAGUAGGUGAGUGUGUAGAAAUUGUAAUCUAAAGUUCAUAAUUAGGUGGUUAUACCUACUGUAGCCUCUCCACUUCUGUAUUAAGAUAUUUGAAACAUUAAUUUUUCCCCAGAGACAGGUAUUGUACAUUGUAUCUAACUUUAGAUAAAACUGUGGGAAUAUAUAUGCCAGAAAACGAUGUUGGGUACUGUAGCCUGAAAAUGUGAAGAACCUACACAGGAGAGGAGAGCAAUCAUAAUGUGUAUAACUUGUUAUAUGACAACUAUGGAGUCUUGUAAAAAAAAAAUCGGAAAAAAGAACCCCAACAAGAAAAAGAAAAAAAAACAAAAAUAUAAUUUUUAUUUUGAAAUACACUUGCUGUUCUCUGGAGAAUGUACUUUUUCUCUUUAUUUUUUUCUUAAAACUUUUUCAAGUAUUAAAAAGUGUGCAAGUGAUGGCAGCAGUUACC